UACUGCAUUUGCUGUUCAAAGAAGACUACUGCUGUGUUUGUUAUGGAGAGGAAUUGGUUUCUGUAAUGAGUAUGGUGUGUGGCAGAAAAUACAGCGUGUUCUGAGAGAGCUCAGCUGCUGCUGGAUUACUGACUUUAGUGUCAGCGCACUAACAACAAAUGACACCCGAGAAGCAAGAGGACCAAAUGUCCGCAAAAUUUCAGGGUUAGAACGAAGUCAGGAGAAAAGUCAAGAGGGCACCAAAGACCAACUGCUUCUGCUUGCUGUAGCUAAAGAGCCUGUUGCUCAGGCUCAGACCCCAUCCCAGCCCCAUCCCCAGCCCCAGCCCCAGCCCCAUCCCCAGCCCCAUCCCCAACCCCAACCCCAGUCCCAACCCCAGUCCCUGCCCCAGUCAAAACUCUGCUCUCCAAUUCCUGUGCAGACCCAGAUUACACAGCAUUUGCCCCAGCCACAGCCAAAGGUUCUACCACAGACCCAGGGUCAAGCCCAACCACAAUCCCAGUCUUUACUUCCAUCCCAACCCAUAAUUCCAUCUCAACCCCAACCUGUACCUCUACCCCACACUGUACCUCUACCCCAACCUCAACCUCAACCUCAACCUAUAUCUCAGAGUCAAGCUCAAGCCCAGACUCAAACUCCUCAGCACCAGCCUCAACCUCAGCCACAACCUAGGGCACCUUCUCCUACACAGCCAGUUCAAAGUCAACUUCCAUCUCGGCCAACAUCGCGGAGCAUCCCACAAUCUCUGUCUGUGUACAGCAGCAGCCUAAGUCUAAACAGCAUAAGCAGCAGCAGAAGCAGCACUCCAGUCAAACCUCAAGCUCCUCCAGCACACAUUUCGCAUCAUCCUUCCACCCCAAAUUUUUCUUUGGCCCUAGCAGCCCAUAAUACUUCACAUACUUUUACGCCUAGUCUGCAGCCAGCAAAUCAUUCGCAUCAUCCCACUAUGUUUGCCCCCCAUUCAGCUCUACCACCACCUCCCCCACUGACGUCAAGUGCACUUCAGGUUCCAGGACACCCUGCUAGCGCUGGAUAUUCAGAGCAAGAACUUCUGCGCCAAGAGCUGAACACCCGAUUCUUGGCCUCCCAAAGUGCCGACCGAGGGGCCUCGCUGGGGCCACCACCCUACAUGCGAGCGGAGUUCCACCAGCACCAACACCAGCAUACCCAUCAACACACUCAUCAGCACACGUUUGCGCCGUUUCCGCAUACCAUCCCACCAACGGCCAUCAUGCCAACUCCUGCACCACCCAUGGUGCGUACCCAAGGCAGAAAUUUUGACAAAUACCCAACAAAAGUUGAUCCUUUCUACCGACACAGUUUGUUUCAUUCAUAUCCUCCGUCCAUGUCUGGAAUUCCUCCCAUGAUUCCACCUACAGGUCCUUUUGGCUCUCUGCAAGGAGCAUUUCAGCCUAAGACCUCCAAUCCCAUUGAUGUAGCAGGAAGGCCUGGAGCUGUUCCCCAUACCUUGCUGCAGAAAGACCCCAGGUUGACAGAUCCAUUCAGGCCGAUGCUGAGGAAGCCUGGCAAGUGGUGUGCCAUGCACGUCCACAUAGCAUGGCAGAUAUACCACCACCAGCAGAAAGUCAAGCAACAAAUGCAGUCUGAUCCACACAAACUAGACUUUGGCCUGAAACCGGAGUUCCUGAGCAGGCCACCAGGCCCCAGCAUGUUUGGAGCUAUCCACCAUCCCCAUGAGCUGGCUCGCCCAGCAACCCUCUUCUCCACAGCUGGCACCACACAUCCAACUGGAAAUCCCUUUGGACCUCCGCCUCAUCACAACAGCUUCCUGGGUCCAGCUGCUCAUUUAGCAUCCAACACAAUGUUCAGCCACAAAGAUGGCCCCAGUAUGCAGAGCUUUAGCAACCCUCACGAACCUUGGAAUCGACUCCACCGAACGCCACCUUCGUUUCCAACCCCACCCCCUUGGCUGAAGCCAGGGGAGCCAGAGCGCAGUUCCUCUGUAGCAGCUCAUGACAGAGAUAGAGAUGUAGAAAAACGAGACUCUUCUGUUAGUAAAGAUGAAAAAGAAAGGGAUAGUAUUGAGAAGCGACACUCUACCCAUGCAUCAUCACCUUCUGUAAAUCAAGUUAAUUCUUUGGGACACAAUCGAAGUUCCACUGAGCACAGCAGAAAUCAUGUAAAUAGUGAACUGCGAGAUAAAGAAAAGCCACGAGAACGGGAUCACACAGAUUUUUGGAAGGACUCGUCUGUUGAUGAGCACAAAGUUAAGGAAAAUCACGCUCCCGAGAAGGAAGGCCUUGGAUUGGAAAGCAGGAUCGUGGAGGACUCCAACAAGCAUUUGAAUAGAGUUAAUUCGCCUUAUAUCAGGCUACCAAGCACAGAUAAUACAAGGUCCAGCAGCAUUGCCACCCGAGAAGUAGAUAGGAAAAGUGAGUCUUCAUAUGACCACCAGAAAAAGGCCAAUGAGGUUAAAGUGAAGGAGGAACGGAAGGAAGACAACGAUAUUAUUUCUGACGUGAUUCAAACACAAAGGGCCUCUGAGCACUCUCAACCCACCUCGUUGCCCAAUGUCCAUCCUAGCCCUUCGAUGACCUCCAUGCCUAUGGCUAUGGCCAUGAGUGGGGUGCAUCCCAUGAAUAGCAUUAAUACAUUGGACAGGACACGGAUGGUAGCCCCUUUUAUGGGAAUCAGUCCAAUACCAGGAAGUGAGCGUUUUCCCUACCCUCCUUUCCACUGGGAUCCAAUGAGGGAUCCUUUGCGAGAUCCAUAUAGGGGGUUGGAUAUUCAUCGGAGAGAUCCACUAGCCAGAGACUUCUUGUUGAGAAGUGACCCCUUGCAACGACUGUCAGCACCAAGGUUUUAUGAAGCAGAACGCUCAUACAGGGAUAGGGAGCCCCACGACUACAACCGUGAUCAUCCAUUAGCUAUGGACCCUAGACGUGAACAUGAGAGAAUGAGCCACUUGGAAGAGCGUGAAAGAUUGAACAUGCUCAGAGACGACUAUGAACAUGCACGCCUGCAUCCCAUUCAUGCUGCUGCCCUGGAUGGUCACAUGCCUCAUCCGAGCCUAUUGACACCUGGACUUCCCAGCAUGCACUACCCCAGAGUCAGCCCUUCAGCAGCACAUCAGAAUGGCAUCCUUAAUAAGACUCCUCCCACAGCAGCCCUGAGUGCCCCUCCCCCCCUCAUACCAACAGGUGGAGCACGUGCUGGGUCUCCUAGAAGGACUACUCCCUUGACUAACACAGAGGCACGGGACAGGCCACCUUCUCACACACACAAAGACAUUGAAGCACGAUAAUACAAACAUGGAAAAAUAAAUCAAGGUAACUUAUUAAGGACACCCUGUCAGUAAAGGCCACUUUUGUAGUGUGAUAACCCACUGACUGAAGCGUUGGACUUCAAUGGACUGUACUCAGUGGGUGUGGCCUUCACCACCAUAAAAACAUAAAAACACUUUGCAGAAAAUACAGUUUUGUACAUUUUAAGUUUAAAUUUUGCAAAUGUUUAAUGUCAAUUUGUUCCUUUCUUCCUGUUAAUUUUAUUUGUAGUAUAUAUAUAAAAAAUGUGUUGUGAAGAAAGAGCAAGCUAAAAAGAGUAAUUGGUAUAUUUAUCAAGAAAUUGGGUAUGUGGUAAAUGAGGCAACUGAAGGAGAGCUGAAUUGUCUUUGAAGUGUUAUGGUUAAGAUUUGGAGUGAAGGAAUCAGGCUGUAUAGACAAUUGUGUAUAAAGGUAGUUCCUUGGUUGAAUGGGUCUUGGUACAUAUAUGCAAAAAGGAAGAGACAAAAAGCUUUACCAUGUACAAAUGUAAAUAAAUUUAAGGGUGGCUGUGUGACAGCCGAUUCAGAAGCGUUGGACAAAGCGUGCUAUUGGGAGAUUAAUUAUCUGUUAACACAGUCUGCUUGUGCUGUGUUAGAUAACUUUUUGUGGCUGUACAGAUAUUCCCAACUAUGCAAGCAGGUGAAUGCCCUGGCUUUUCAUCCAAAAGUCUGCAUUCCUCAACGGAGCCUUUUCAACACACAAUUCACUUAACCGCAAGUCUAGCACAUUACAUUGUGUCUGAGGAUUGUAAACUAUGUUGAUGAAGUAAAGUUAGUUCUGUUGGUCUAAUAGUGUAUUAAAGUGCUAUCUGAAGUUGUUUAUUCUGUUUUGAAAAAAUUCUAUCUAUGACAGUUGUUUCUUAUGAGCAGAGAUCUAUUUUAGUAGUCACCUGAAGGUUUAGUUGUGCGCUUCAAAUUUGUGAACUCCUGAUGUUGUGCAGUGUUUUUGAGGAACAAAAAAUAAUGUACACUGGAUCAGUAGUGCUAGAACUCAAUAUUGCCUAUAGAUUUUCAUUUGCAGAUAUGCUGUUUAUCAUGUACGUAAUGAAGUCCUUUACAGAUCCUAUUGUAAAGUGAAGCGACUCUGAAUCUUUGGCAUGUGCUUCAUAAACAAAACUUGUGUUAUGUAAAUUGUGCCAUGUUAUUAAAAAAUCGAACUGAAGUGUUCUCAGUCUAACUGUGCUGCAA